GACUACAGAGUGAACAUUUUUUUGAGACAGCAGUGGAAUGACUCACGUCUGGCUUACAGCGAAUAUCCCGAUGAUUCCCUGGAUUUGGAUCCCUCUAUGCUGGACUCUAUUUGGAAGCCGGAUUUAUUCUUUGCCAAUGAGAAGGGAGCAAACUUCCAUGAUGUCACAACAGACAACAAGUUGCUGAGGAUUUCUAAAACUGGAAAAGUGUUGUACAGUAUCAGGCUUACUUUAACCUUAUCCUGUCCCAUGGACUUGAAGAAUUUUCCUAUGGAUGUACAGACAUGUACAAUGCAGCUAGAGAGCUUUGGCUACACUAUGAAUGAUCUGAUAUUUGAGUGGCUAAGUGAUGGACCUGUGCAAGUUGCAGAGGGUUUAACCUUGCCACAGUUUAUUUUGAAAGAAGAUAAAGAACUCGGUUAUUGCACAAAACAUUACAACACUGGAAAGUUUACAUGCAUUGAAGUCAAGUUUCAUUUGGAGCGUCAGAUGGGAUACUAUUUAAUCCAGAUGUACAUUCCUAGCCUGCUGAUUGUCAUUUUGUCCUGGGUUUCUUUCUGGAUCAACAUGGAUGCUGCUCCAGCAAGAGUUGCACUGGGUAUCACUACAGUUUUGACAAUGACCACGCAAAGUUCAGGAUCAAGAGCUUCCCUCCCAAAAGUAAGGAAAUUAUUUU